UCUUUGCCUUUAAGCCAAGCGGCGAGCUUCACUUCUUAAAAGUUCUGGAUUUCACGGCGGCGUGUUUCUUUCCCUACCCAAGUUCGACGGAAGGCAGCUUGAUGCUGCUCAUGGCCACGCAGAGGAGCACGCUGCUCGUGUACCACGACACCGUUCUUAAGUGGGCUGCCCAGCUCUCGUCGGCUCCGAUUGCGCUGGCGAGGACGACGAUACAGAACAUGCAGGGGGCAAUAGUGAGGCUCACCGAGCAGGGACAGCUCAGCUGCAGCUACCUCGGGACCGAUCCGUGCUUGACUGUGGCCGUGGCGCCGGAGAGCCGCGAGUAUUCGCUCAGGGAGGUGGAACAGGAGCUCAACAGGCUGGAGACCGCCAUCAAGUCCAGCAGCGAGC